AUGACAUCGACGCACUCGCACGAAAAAGUCACCCUCGAGAACGUCGAGGGGGCCGACUCGGACCAUGGCAAGGCCGGCGGCGGCGGGCCCAUCUCGGCCGACGACUUUGGCUUCUCGCCCGAGGAACAGAAGCGCAUCAAGCGCCAGAUCGACCGCCGUCUCGUGCUCACCGUCGGCGCUAUGUACUGCGUCAGCCUGAUGGACCGGACAAACCUCGGCGCCGCCAACAUUGCCGGCAUGGGCGUGGACUUAAAGUUGAUUGGUAAUCGAUAUAGUAUCAUCUCGCUCGUAUUUUUCGUCACCUACAUUAUCUUCCAGCCGCCGUCGACGGUUAUUGUGCGGAAGAUUGGGCCGCGCAUCCAUUUGGCCAUCAUCACGCUGCUCUGGGGCGCCGUCAUGGUGGGCAUGGGGUUUGUCAAGACGUGGGAGGAGAUGGCGGGGAUGAGAGUGUUGCUUGGUUUCCUCGAGGCUGGCUUCUUUCCCAGCUGCGUUUACUUGCUGAGCACCUGGUACACGAGAUACGAGGUCGGAAAACGGAACUCGGUCUUUUACCUGGUCGGCUGCGUCGCGUCUGCCUUUGCUGGCAUCUUGGCCUACGGGAUCAUGCAAAUGGCUGGCAUCGCGGGGCUCAACGGCUGGCGCUGGAUCUUCAUCAUUGAGGGCAUCAUCACCAUGCUCCUCGGUAUUGCCGGCUACUGGCUGCUCGUUGACUUCCCCGACGCGAGGCGCAAGAACUGGAGCUUCCUGGGCGUGAGGGAGCGCGAGUGGAUCUGUGCUCGUGUCGACGCCGACCGCGGUGACGCCAAGCCGCAGAAAUUCUCCCUGGUCAAGUAUCUCCGCGCGGGCAAGGACUGGAAGGCGUGGGCGUACGCCAUGAUCUUCUUCAACACGACGACCGUGACGUACGCGCUCGCCUACUUCAUGCCCAUCAUCCUGCAGCUCAACAUGGGCUUCAGCGUCGGCGCGGCUCAGUGCCUCGUCGCGCCGCCCUACGCCUUCGCCGGCAUUAUCAUGUGGUUUACGGGCUGGGCCGGCGACAAGUACCGCCUGCGCGGGCCCGUCAUCAUCUUCAACAACCUGCUGUGCAUCAUCGGCCUGCCCAUCAUGGGCUGGCAUACCAACGCCGCCGUCCGCUACUUUGGCGUCUUCCUCGUCACGGCCGGCGCCAACGCCAACGUGCCCGCCGCCAUGUCGUACCAGGCCAACAACAUCCGCGGCCAGUGGAAGCGCGCCUUCUGCAGCGCCACCUUUGUGUCGUUUGGCGGUAUUGGCGGCAUUGCUGGUAGCUUGGUGUUUAGGAGCGAGGACGCCCCUCACUAUCAGCCGGGCCUGUAUGCUUGCAUCGCGACGACCUUGUUGACUAUGAUCAUUGUCGGCGUGCUCAGCCUCGAGUUUCGCCGCCUCAACGGGAAGGCGGACCGGGGCGAGAGGGAGUUGGAGUGUGAUGCAGACGAUACCUACGAGCCUGGGUUCCGCCACACGUUCUAA